GGCGGGGCCGCCAUGAUGGCGGCGGCGGCGGCGCGGCGGGGCCGGCUGGGCCGGGAGGGCCGCGCCAGCCUCGGCUCCUUCCUGCUCGGCGCCUCGGUGGCGGCGCUGCCGCUGCUGCUCGGCUCGUCCCCCGCCCUGCUGGCCGCCCCUGGCCUCCGCGGCCGCCUGGCGCUCGCCCUGCACGUGGCCGGCGUGAACGCGGCGCUGCUGCUGCUCUACCCGCGGCCGCUCUACAAGAUCGCCGUCCGGGCCUGUUUCCUGGGCUUUGCCUUCGGCUGCGGGGUGCUGCUGAGCGCCGGCCGCUCCGCCUGGCGCCACUUCGGAUGGUACAUGUGCUCCCUCUCCCUCUUCCACUACUCGGAGUACCUGGUGACAGCCAUCAACAACCCACGCAGCCUCUCGCUGGACUCCUUCCUGCUCAACCACAGCUUCGAGUACAAUCUGGCUGCCCUGUCCUCCUGGGUGGAGUUCACUCUAGAGAAGCUCCUCUUCCCAGAGCUGAAGCAGAUCACCUGGCUGAGCACCGUGGGGCUGCUGAUGGUGAUCUUCGGGGACUGCCUGAGGAAGGCGGCCAUGCUCACAGCCGGCUCCAACUUCAACCACAUUGUGCAGAACGAGAAAUCCGACACCCACACGCUGGUGACCAGUGGGGUGUACGGGUGGUUCCGGCACCCGUCCUACGUGGGAUGGUUUUACUGGAGCAUUGGAACACAGGUGUUGCUCUGCAAUCCCAUCUGUGUGGUCGGCUAUGCACUGGCGUCCUGGCGCUUCUUCAGGGAGCGGAUCGAGGAGGAGGAGAUCACACUCAUUCACUUCUUUGGAGAAGAGUACCUGGAGUACAAAAGGAAGGUGCCAUCGGGUCUCCCUUUUAUUAAAGGAGUCAAAUUGGAACUGUAGUGCAGGUGAAAACCAGACUGGCUGAGCAAACGCCCGGCUCCCGCCGUGCCAGGUGCCUGCUGGCGUCGGUGUCGGGAUGUGCCUGGUGGUAUUUCCCAGCCACCCAGAAGGAGCUGGUGGAGGGCUGUGGCACUGGGCAGCCUGCCAGGAUUCUUGCAGAUCAGAAGCUCGUUCCUCCUCCUCGAGAUCAGCCCUUCAUUGCACAUUCAGGGAUCUUCCAGAUAACUUAGCCUGUAGUGACCCUAAAGAGAAUGAAUCGUCCUGCCUGCAGCAGCUGAAUUGUCCUGGAAUGCGUCCGGACCAAUUCUGCUGGAGAGCAGCACUGCCCUCUGGGCCCCGGGCAGAGGAGGCGCUGGGCAGCAGAUUGUUCCUGUUGCAUAAUUCAAUUUUAAAGCUUUCUGACCUCGUGAGCCCAGUGCUGCAGCUUUAAUCUCCUCGGGCCCGACUCCUUCAGCUGGCACUGGGGUGGCCAUGGGAGCAGCCUCCGGCUCUGCCCGCCCUCAGAGCGCUGGCAGUGUGGCACCACUCGGCUGUCUCCAGGCCUUGGCAUCCACAGGGAGAGAUCCAAGCACCUCUGAGCCUGCUCCUUCUCCCUCAGCUGCUGCUGCGGAUGCGGAGUCAUCGCUGCAGCCGCUGCCUCCCGCCGCCACCUCUGUUCCCUCUUCCCGCUUCCAAAUCACGCUGCUUCCUAUCCUGCCAGGCCACCUCUGUCCUGCAGAGAUCCCAGGAUUUUGGGUUGGGAAAGAACCACAGCUGCCAGGCUUGCUAAGGGCUUUAGCACCCGAGAUCCUCACCUGCUCUUUUGGGCAAAAGCCAGGAUGUCGGGGCAAGUAGGAGAUGCUCCUAGGGAAAUCUCCAACCAGGAGAAGAGUUGGGCUAGCUAACACUCUUUUAAAUGUGACCAUUUUGAAAUGGUUCCCACUGAGCUGUGUGGCAUAACUUAUUCUGUCGUUAUAUACCAAAGAGGUUCACUGUUUCCUUGAGUUCUACAUUAUUCUUCCUCGCUGGAAUGGAAAUGAGUUGCUUGUCAGUUCACGCCUGGGGCUUGUGGUGUUCCGUGGGGAAGGCGCUGCGGUAUGGCUCAGGAAGGGGCACUGGUGGGAAUGGCUUGGGUUUGGGCUUGGGUUUUCUUUUUUUAUAAAAAAAACAAGAGAAAACA